CAAUCCCCCCCCCCCCCCCAACUCUGGAGUUUUGCCCUAAGUUCAUGUUGAGGACCCUAAUUUUUGGAGUCCCAAUCCCUAACUUUGGGGUUUUAAAAACCCAUCUGUCUCUCACAAACCCUAUAGGCUCCCAAGCCAUGAACCCUGAUUUUGAAGUUCUGAGUCCUGCUCGACUUUAGGGCUUGGAACUCCCAUCUCUCUCUAAAUUUUGGGACUUUAGAAUCUGGUAUUAACUAGGGUUUUAUCAUGGAUGAGUCCUCUGAGAAGAGGAGAGAAAGACUGAAAGCCAUGCGCUUGGAGGCUGAACAAACCCCAAAUCUUCCACCCCAAACCUUCUCUUCUUCUUCUUCUUCUUCUUCACUUUCGAACCCCUUCAACGACCUCUCUGCCACAUUAUGUGCUUCAACCCAAGCUUCGAGGUUUGAUUUCUACACUAACCCAGUGUCAGCUUUCUCUUCGAUGAAUAGGAAAGGCGAAAGAUACAACGACUCAAAUCAACACAGUCUUUCUGCUCAGUCUCCUAUGGCGCCGACUCCAGGACAAAGUAAUGCAGCCAUGACCCACGCCACUGCCUAUCCGAUGCAGAUAAGUUACAACGAUCAGAGACAAUAUGAAACACCACCUCAUAGGUCUGGGUCUUGGGGAGGCCCUAUGAUGACCGGCAGCCCUUUCUCUCAUGGAAGCCCAAUUCCUGGUUCAUGGACUAACAAUAAUGCACGACCUGUUCAUACCUCUCCCCCCAACUUUCAUGGAGGUAUUCGCACCCCUAAUUUUGGAAGGGGAAGUAGCCCUAACCCAAAUUUUGGGAGGGGAAGUAGCCCUAGUUCUAACUAUGGAAGCAGAAGUAGCCCCCACCCUAAUUAUGGAAGGGGAAGUAGCCCUAGCCCUAGUUAUGGAAGGGGAAGUAGCCCUAGCCCUAAUUAUGGAAGAGGAAGUAGCCCUAACUUUAGUUCAGGCAUGGGAAGGGGUCGUCACUUUAGUUGGAGCCCUGGCCAUAGUUCAGGGCGUGGUGGUGGGAGAGGAAGAGGUUACCAUUUAGAUGUUUCAGCCAAGGAGCAUCCAGAGCGGUUCUAUAACAAAUCCAUGGUGGAAGAUCCAUGGAGUUCACUGAUAGCUGUAACAAAAAGGCUAGGUAUAGCUGGAGACAGAUCAGUGGUUUCUGAUUCAAACAAAAGUGGCACGCCUGAUUCUCUAAGAUCAUGGCUCCCAAAAUCAAUCAGUAAGAAAGCAAGGAUUUCAGAUAUUAAAGAUGAGUUUAAUUCGGAGACAAGCCUUGCAGAUAGCCUCGUUCUUGCCUUCGAAGAUGCAGCCAAUGACAGAACAGAUGUUUGACAAGCUGAUUAUGGGUGGAGAGUAGUAGAUUCGCUCUAAAAAAUUGUGGCUUCUUAAAGCUGUUGAUAUGGUGCAAGGUUUCGGAAAUUGCUGAUGGAUUUCAUUCGUAUUCCAUAUGAAAAAAUUGGUGAAGGUUCCGCUCUGAGCGAAUCCCUAAUGGUUUACAGCUCUAUCUCGACCUUCAUUUUCAAGUUGGGAAUUGGAUUCUAAGCACACCCAGCCAAAUGCAUGUGAUGGAUGUUAUGCCUAUUUAUGGGUGAUAUGCCCGGCCUUCAAUUGCUUAUCCUCAGAUGAAGAUAUUCGGGUAAGUGAAUCAUUGGAGUUUAAACCUCCUUUACUUCUAGCUAUUGGCAAUUGACCCUUUAGAUAAGAUGGAUCCCUGUAACUUCGUGUCUAUGAAUGCAUAGAUUAUUUUAUUAGCAUUUGUACUUUGCUACUGUGGAGCAAAAUUUACAUCUAAUCCCUGUGGCAAAUGACCUACUUGGGAGAAAUUUUUGACCGAAAGUUUUGGGAUCUGUUUUAGAUUCACCAUAUUAGUAUUUUUAGAAAAACAAUUGGAUUCAAAGUACCUAAACCUCUAGACCAAACCAUCCAAAACUCGAAUGGUUUGCAUGUGAUCUUAGGGUAUGAUUUUGCUCCUGUACUAGCAGUGUAUAUUGAUUGUUUUUUUGGAAGCUCCUUUUUACUAAUUGGUUGCUAAGUUGCAUAUGUCAUAUCUCUUAAUUUUUCGGUUCUAAAAAUUACUCCUAUAUGAGGUUUUACCCAAUAGAAACACGUAAUGUUUCCACUUCUUUUAUUCGCAUGCUUUGUCUCUCUGGAUUUUCUCCCUUUGAUGUCAACUAUUAGAAUGGAGGAACAUGAUUCAUGUAGCCGGCCCCAAUUAAUUGGGAUAAGGCUUGGAUGAUGAUGAUGAUGAUAAUAAUGUCAGCAAUUAAAAUCUUGGAUGCUCAUUACUCGUUGAUAUAUAUGUGGUUGUAGUUCCUCAGUAAAAAUGCAAUGAAUAUUUAUGCUCUUAUGUAGCUGUAAGGUGUUUGACCAAACUUUUUGUAAUUCCUGGAUGUUUGUCCAUGCUUUGAUGCGAAUCAUCCAUAAAUGUCUAUUUUGGAUAUAUAUUUGAGGUUUGGAUUGGAGUUCUUCGACAUUUAAAUGGAGGUUUUGAUGAUCAUGAUGUUGUUGGAGUAAUAUAAGGAAUGUAGAGGAAAUAGCAACCAAAUACUCUCUUUUCUUUUUUUUAUUCUUGCUCAUGUUUUUUUUGAACAUUUGUAAACCAUUUUCCAUAGUUAUAAAGACCUGACUGGGCUAGAUAGUCCCCAACUUGUCGGACUAUAGAGUAAUGCCUUGACUAGGGUGAUCUCAAGAAAAAAUUGGGUUUGGCCGAAAACCGGUCACAAGCAAAAUAUGGGACCAGUUUUAUCUGAUCGGAUUGAUGUUGAUUGGUUAGAUUGGUUGUUAAAUAAAGUUGGGCAAAUCUUUUAAUGUAGUUCAUAAUUUUAAACUAUUAUCACUAUUUUUCUUCAUUCUUUUUAAAUUGGUCUAACAGUUUUCACCGGCGGUCUUACCGACUUUAAUUGGACCUCACUGGUCUGGUUGCCUGUCCAAUCUUGGCAACAGUGUAUUAUCAAGUUAACUAUGAAAGCAAUUAUGUAUGUGCUACCCCUUUACCCCCUGAACAAGAAAAUGCAUUUAACAUGGAAAAUUUCAUUUGUGGAAGAAGACUUUGGGGAUUUUGUUGAUGGUGCAGGCUUUCUGGUUAACCUUUCAAGCAUGAAUUCGCAACACAAGAACACAGUUGAAGAAUUAAUCCAUCGGCAAUAAAAUUUAAAAAUUAUUGCCUUUCAGCAGUAUCUUUAAAGUUCUAUUUUAGCAUCCACUGGUUAAGUCCUCGGGAAGUCAGUGCUAAGGAAGGUCAUUGAAGUGUCCCGGUGUUGUAACAAACUUUUCCUAUAAUAUGGAUAGGGCUACAAAAGGGUCCGAUCAAGGUCCGGUCGACCUGACCAGACAAGGUUUAGGUCAAACUCAUAGCUAGCAGGGUCCAGGACUGUCAUACUUGCAAACUGGACCUGACCUGGGUUGGGUUUGGGUUUGGGUUGAAUAUAGCAUAUAUCUGUAUUCCCAACCUUGGUAGGCCUGGGCUAGACCAGUUCUGAACCUAGUCUGGUCUAGGUCCAUUGGAACCACAUCUCAUUCGCUUGGUCCUCUUGUUAGGUCCAAACCUGGAUCAUGGUUCAGCCGACCCGACCUGUUUUGCACCCCGAGCAACAUAGCUGCAGCUAUCAAAUGUUAUCUCAUGGACCCCAAACUGUUGCAUUUUUACUGUUGUAUAAUGUGGGUCAUGCUGGAUAUUUCCAUGACUCUUCCUAUGUACUUAGAAUCAAGAGAGUGGAUUUUUUAUUUAUUUUUGAUGGGUCAGUUGCAAGAAUCGAACUUGAGAUGUACUGCUGCUAAUUCAAUAACUAAGCACUCAAGCGCAAGCCCGACUUUUGAGGUGA